GUGCUUCAUCGUUUGCGUAGUCGUAGCGCCUGGCCGUUGUGCUUCAGGCUUCCCGCGGGGUACUUAAUUGAAUGGAACUAUAGCGGGAAAUUGUAGACGCAGGCCCCCCCAAAAAAAAACGAAUGAAUGAGUGAAUGAAUGAAUGAAUGAAUGCGUGUACGGCUCCGGCCCACGCGAAUGAAUGCGUGUACGAAUGAACGCAGCGUGGGCAACGUCGUUCCCUCAUAUCGUUUACGGACGCAGAGGUGCGGCAGUAGCAGCUGCGGGGAGGUCGCUGGUUAUCAUGUUGUUUUUAUCCUUCUGGUCGUGUGGAGCAUCAUGAUGACGAGCAACAUCUUGAAAAAGCAAUUUCACGGGAGCAAAGAGAGGCCGUGCAGAAAAAGGAUUCGAAUGAUUAUGAUGUAGAACUGUUCCUGAAGAAUGCGAAUAAAGUUUUCGAAAAUUAUAUUGCUAAUCUGAUGCCAAGCGUUCACGCUUUGCUCAGGGAAGGACAAAAGUUUGACCAGAACUACAUCAUGAAGGCCCUUAUAUAUAAAGCGUUACAAGAAUGGCGGAAAACUGCCAGGGAGGUAAAAACCAACAAAAAAAAGGGGAACGAGGAAGAAGACAAUUUGCCUGUCGUGGAGUUUCGACAAUUCCAAGGAUUGUGACGCUUUGUUUCUAAUAAAACACAAAAAGCCUACGAAGAGGCACCGGAACGCUGAAACAUGCCAUACGCUGAACUCGCGUCAGCGCAACGUGAUUUUUGGAAUUUAUGACGCGCAACGUAACUGGAACGGCAAGGAAGCACUCGCAUAGGAUGAACAAGGACGAUAUCCAAUCAAUACUUGCAUAGCAUCGAGAAGAACGAUAACGAUAUCCAAAAAGAAGACGAAGAUAAGCCUUUAAAAAUGUUGCCGUUUUAUUUUUUCAUGAUCGACACGGACAUCACAGGAAUGUCAUUCAGAGAAGUAAUGAAAGAUAAUGAAACUAAGUCAUCAAUCUCUGACAGAAAUAAUCUUUUUUUCCGUCUAGGGUGGCCCGAAAUACAUUUUUUUUCAAGAUUAUGCGAGUUUUUAGGCACGAGAGGGCGAGGGGCCGGAAAUCUUGAUCAUGUGCGUGAACCUCCUAUUUUAACAUUCUACUAAAGUCGUAGCAUCAUGAUUGUUCAGGUAUUAAUCAUCAUGGAUCAUGAUUUCGUUCUUCAUUGUCUUCCAAAACACAGCAUCAAGAAUACAACAUUACAACAGAGAGGAGCUGCAAAGUCAGGCGAGACAGAACAAGAAAAAUUACAAGGGAUGUACAGCAAGGAAAUGAGAUGUACAACAAGGAUACAAGAUGCAUUUUUGGCGCAUUUGACACACUGACUCAUGUGGGACAAUUAAAUGAUCAUCCAUCUUCUGGCCUACUGACC